UUUCAAGUUCCCCCAGCAGAAGCUGUGCCUGAUUUGUGGCCAAUGCUGGAGAUGUACGAAAAGGGAGGAAAACACUAAGCGGGUAGCUAUGGAGAUAGACCGUUUUCCUGGCCGCUUUCUUUGACAGGUGUUGAGUAGGUUAAAAGUCUUCAAACAGAGUCCACCAUGUACGCCAAAGGGAAAGGAGCUGUCGUUCCAUCCGAUAGUCAAGCCAGAGAGAAGUUAGCUUUAUACGUGUACGAGUACUUAUUGCAUGUUGGGGCCCAGAAAUCAGCACAGACCUUCCUUUCCGAGAUCCGAUGGGAGAAGAACAUUACGUUAGGGGAGCCUCCUGGAUUCCUCCAUUCAUGGUGGUGUGUAUUCUGGGAUUUGUACUGUGCCGCUCCAGACCGGCGUGAGACCUGCGAGCACUCCAGCGAGGCCAAGGCCUUCCACGACUAUAGUGCAGCAGCAGCCCCCAGUCCCGUAAUGGGCAACAUGCCCCCCAAUGACGGCAUGCCAGGCGGACCAAUGCCCCCUGGUUUCUUUCAGGUAAGCACAGCUGGUUUCAUUCCCUUCUUGCCUUCUUUACCAUUCAUCACCCCGUCACACCUGUGCUCCAUUCAUUCAGUCUCUCAUUCUGUGUACGUGUGUGCUGCUGGUGGCUCUGUCUGUGGCUGUGGGCAGCUUGACAGCAGCCUGGAGCUCUGCUGUCUGUGUGAGAUCAUUCUGAACUUCUGUUUCUUCCAUCACCGGUAAGAUGGAGGCUUAGAUCGGUAAUUGUUAGU